ACUCUGUUCUCAACCUCCACGCCUUCGCUGUAGUCUGUAAUGGAGCUUCAUCUAGAAACGCCGCUCGAAGCCCUCGUGUUCCGUUACUCCACCACCAUAGCAGGAUACAUAUGGACCUGUCUCGCCCUCUUCGCCGCCGGGAUCGGUCUAUGGCGCUUCCGAUUACUCGGGUCAGCAUCUAGGUCAGCACCUGUUCCCGUCUCUACAUCUCCUUCCGCCGUUUCUCAGGCGAUUCCGUCCCCCCCGUCGACAUCAGUUCCGAUUGCAUCGAAAGUGCUUGUGUCGGGUUGUGGUGAGAAGGAGGCGAGUGGAUCGCCGACGAAGGGGAGGUUCACCACUUAUUUUAUAGUGGAGGAGGAGAUUGAUGGCGACGAUAAGGGCGAGGAGUUUGAGUGGGAAAGUUACGACGGUCGUGGCGAUGGGGAGUGUUUGGAUCUGUUGGAUUGGGCAUGGAGGGGAGAUCUUGGGUGGUAUGGUUACCAGGAUUGGAAGGCGAUUAACGGCAGCGUAGUCAGACUGUGGGAUGGCGACCGAAGAGGAUCAGCUCGGCGCCAGCGGUGAAGAGGAAGUAGAUCUAAGGUGGUAUCGGAAUUUGUUUGGUGAAGAAAUUGUUUGUACAUUUUAUGUUAUUAUGGUUGGUUCGGCCCGGCGGCGGCCGGCGACCUGCAAUUCCCUCGCCGGAUGUUUUCCUGAUGGUGUUCCUCUUUUUCUUCUGGUUAAUGAAAUCACAUUCUUGCCCUUA